UACACAUGCGCUCCUUGCUCCGGAUCCCAGACUUUGGCUGGAGGAGGGAGGGGGACAAGUGAGCAGAGCGCAGCCCUCCGGCCAAUCAGUCAGGAGGAGGCAGCAGCAGGGGCAGAACUUGGGGAUUCUCAGCACUUUGCAAAAGUUCCCCGGACUCAGAGCCACCCCCGGGAGCCGGAGUAAUCUGUGCGGCCAUUCAGUUUAGCUCCGUGCCGAUCGCUUUCGUUCUCACCAUGCAUUGGAUCUCCUUCUACCCCCUGCUCGCUUGCACUUUAGCGCUAUCCAGUCUCCCCGUCGGGGCAGAUCUCAAGUCCAAAAGUUGUUCGGAGGUUCGGAGACUUUACAUUUCCAAGGGCUUCAACCAGAACGAUGCUCCGUACCACGAAAUCAACGGUGACCACCUGAAAGUCUGCUCCCAGAGACACACAUGCUGCUCCCUAGCAAUGGAGGAAAAGUACAGCCAGCAGAGUAAAUAUGACUUCAAGGCUGCAGUUAUCGAACCAUGUAAUAACAUGCAACAUAUUUUUGCCUCCAGAUUCAACAAGUUUGAUGAGUUUUUCAAAGAACUUCUCCAGAAUGCUGAAAACUCUCUAAAUGACAUGUUUGUGAGGACUUAUGGGCGGCUAUACAUGCAGAACUCUGAGCUUUUUAAAGAUUUCUUUGUGGAACUUAAAAAGUACUAUGUUGGCGGCAAUGUCAACUUGGAAGAGAUGUUGAAUGACUUCUGGGCACGGCUGCUGGAGCGCAUGUUCAGACUGGUGAACCCCCAGUACCAAUUUACAGAUGAGUACCUGGAAUGCGUCAGCAAAUACACAGAUCAGCUUAAGCCCUUUGGGGAUGUGCCUCGAAAACUGAAGCUUCAAGUCACCAGAGCUUUCGUGGCAGCUCGUACAUUUGCACAGGGGCUGUCAGUGGCCCGGGAUGUCAUCAAUAAAGUGUCCACAGUAAACCCAACGCCACAGUGUGUGAAAGCUAUGCUGAAAAUGACCUAUUGCCCGUACUGCAGUGGACUUGUCACAGUAAAGCCUUGUAACAAUUACUGCCUGAAUGUUAUGAGAGGCUGCUUGGCCAAUCCCGGAGACCUGGAUACUGAAUGGAACAACUUUAUAGAUUCCAUGCUAUUGGUAGCAGAGAGACUGGAAGGGCCAUUUAACAUCGAAACUGUCAUGGACCCCAUUGAUGUGAAGAUCUCUGACGCCAUCAUGAACAUGCAGGAAAACAGCAUGCAAGUUUCACACAAGGUUUUCCAGGGAUGUGGGCAACCCAAACUUUCACAGGGAAGACAAGCUCGCUCUGUUUCUGACACUAACUUCAACAUUCGCUUUAAGGCGUAUGGUCCUGAGGAACGACCAACCACUGCAGCUGGCACCAAUUUGGACAGACUGGUUUCAGAUGUUAAAGAAAAGCUGAAAACCGCCAAAAAGUUCUGGUUGUCCUUGCCUGGCAGCAUCUGCAAGAAUAACUGGACCUCAGGAGUCAGUGAGGAUGAUUGUUGGAAUGGAAGUGAAAAAAACAGGUAUUUGUAUGCAGUGAUUGGCAAUGGUUUGGCCAGCCAGGCAAAUAACCCUGAAGUACAAGUUGACAUCACAAAACCAGAUAUAGUCAUUCGUCAGCAGAUCAUGGCACUGCGCAUCAUGACAAAUAAAAUGAAGAAUGCUUAUAAUGGGAAUGAUGUGAACUUCAUUGACAUAGUUGACGAAAGCAGCGGAGAAGGAAGUGGCAGUGGCUGUGAGCCCCCAAAAUGUACUGAAGAGGUUGAUUUCAGCAUAACAGAUAAGGUUAUGCCGAAGACUGGAAUCAUUAAUUUUGUCGAGAAGACACCUUCUGCAGCCUUUUCCAACAGGGCUUCACUAUUAGUGCUUAUUCCAAGCAUUUUAUUCUUGGUGAGGCAAUGGAGAUAAUGGACGAUAUUGUUAAAUACUAGCAAAAGACAUUUUUUUUUCAAUAUCAAAACGCACCUUUCCUUUAAUAACAUCAAGUGACUUGACUUUGGUACUGGAGAAAGGUGUAUUGUUUAUACUAUAUUGCCACUCCUUCAAGAUUUGGAUCACCCUCCGUGACUGUCAUGAGGGAUAAAAGGAAUUACCAUCUGUCCACUUUCACUUCAGGUUAUUGUGGCAAACAGACAUGUACAUAAAGUUUUGUAGGUAGCUCAACCUUAGCAUUUUUUUCACAUUUCCAUAAAAUUAAUCCCAGGGUCACACAUUCAUAUGUAACAUUUAUGCUUUUUUUAUGUGAUAUGUACAGAAGCUAUUUUUAUUUAUCAUUUUAUCUUUUGGAAAACUGACCGUGCAGCCAGCAGAAAAAAAAACAAAAAUAUACUUCUUUUAGUAAAAUCUCCUGUUAUGCGUCAUUAAAAUUGCUUUCUGUAUUGGGUGAAGAAGAAGAGACAUGAUAUGGCCUUUAGCUAUGUAAAUCUGUUCAGAUUUGACCAAACGUCAGUUUUUCAGGACCACUGGAACAGGUUAACCCUACCUUACAGUUGUGAGAGAUUUAAAAAAAAAAAAAAAAAAGGCGUGUGGUCAAAUUCUAUUUUACAAUUGGCUUGAUCCAACAUUACUAUUUUUUGUAAUCGGUCGGUUUGUAAGAAUGUUACCAAAUUGAUUUAUCUGGUCGUUCUGAUAGUAAUGUGUGAAAUAUAUCUGGAAAAUUGUAUAGAUUCAUGGUGCAGCAGUUCUGCAAAUACAGGCAACACUCACAUGCUUAGCAGGUGGUGACACAAUUAUAUUCAGACCUAAACAAGUCUGAUUGUUGCCAAAGGGUACUGUCCAGGUGAAUAAGGUAGCAACUAUUCCAAUUUUAGUACUGAAAUACACCCAAGUGUUCAUGUAUAUAAACCAAGCAAAAAAGCCAAAUUACUUUUCUAUCUGUAUUAUGAAUGUGUAGAUUUUGCUCAAACCUGAAUUUGAAGCAAUUACUGGCUUAGAAUCCACUUCCUGCUUUUCAUUUAAAGGUACUGUUGCUGAAAAAGGUACAUUUCAAACAUAUGAGGCCUUGUAGCCUAGUCCGUAUUUACCUCCUCCUCAUAAUUCAGAAACAUGUAUUUAUUCAUAUUUCUUUCCAUAAGAGCCUUGUAUUUUAAACUACUCAUAUCGGCGAUGGAUUUUGCCAGCUUAGACUUGCGUUACAAGGAACAUUGUGUUUCUUUUACACAUCAUCCCCCACCUUAGCAUCAGCAUAUAGAAGUUCUAAACCUUCAUUUUUGGGAUUUAUUUAUUAAAACGGUAAUAGACUGAACAUUUGUAGAUUUAUUUUUCUUUAGGUGGAAAAAAAUAGAAAAAAAAGUCUUUUGUAUGGGUUAAGAGGUUGUAAAUAGCUUUAGCUGAGAUAUGAGAACGUGGGAAAUGUGCUGACAAGUAGUAACUACCUCUCUUCUGAGGAAUUUCCUUUUUAGCUUUGAGAGCCAUUAUAUUUGAUAGAUACGAAUCUGGUCUCCAUAAUGCAACAAGACAAGUUAUUCCUGCAGAUUUUAUCCUUUUAUCCUUUUUUUUUUCAACUAUGGAUUUUUAAUAGGACCUAGAGAGCUGCUUAAAACAGAGAUUUUGACUCUGGAUUUUAUGAUGCCACCAAUCUGUUUCAAACCUAGAAAUCGGCUUUUUACCACUGGCUUUUCUAAAUGCUUAAAUUAUGUUUUUGCACCUAUAUUUCUUUCCUGUUUGGUUCUUCAGCUUUUCUAGAGGUCUAGGCAUGUAACUCGAGCUUUAUCUUUUUAUGCAAGAAUGGUUUUUAGUGGCGGCAGAGUUCUCUUUGGAACACAGAGGAUUAAACUCAGCUGGCAGGCCAGUAUCGUAGUUAUAGAGGUAACUCCUUUGUUUUGUUUUUUUGUCCCUUCUAUUGUGUUUUAAUUGCAUAUUUCACUGAAAUAUUUCACCUUAUUUCCAAAAGCUAAGAGAAUCUCCAUUCUAGUUUUUUUAAACAACUACAUUGUAUGGGCAUUUAAUUGGCGUUUAUGGAGGUUGCUUUAGAAAUGCUUUCCAUUUAAAAGGAGCAGUGAUUCUCUAGAGCUCAGUCAACCAGCAGCAAAGUUGACAAACAAACCUUGAGUAUUUGUGUUGCAGUUUAAUUUUGGGGAACAUUGAGAGAUAUAAAGUCUGCAGUGCCCUGUAGCAAAUCACACUACGGUCUGGAGAACAACAUAUUUUGCCCAUUUAUACCUGAAUAAACACACACACAAAAUCCCUUUAUUAAAAUAAAUUCACAAAAUGCACAUUUUGAAUUGUUUUUGUGACUUUGCUGGCAGUGCUACAGGGCCUUUUCAGAACCAGCCUGGUGAAAUGACACUACAAAUGAUCAGCCCUUUAGGCAUAAUGGAUAAAUGGACCACACACUAUUUUGCAAUGUUUAGAAAUGCUAAUAUUUAGUUAAGCGAUGAAGGAAAAGCAAGUAGUCUAUCAAUCUAUGAAUAAAUUAGGUAUGAAUAUAGAAUUGUAUACAUGUAUAAUCCAAGCGUGCAUAUGCACAGUGUUGACAUUUUCUACACAUGUGACCACAUUAAUAUCAUGGUCUGUUGCUGAGAGACACAUGCACGUUGCCUUAUGUGAAUAUGGUUCAUAGUGCCAUAUUUUAGUCAAAGAGCCUGCGUGUGAAUGAAAAUACAAUGCAGCGUUUUAAUACUGUGUAUUACAUAUCUUUUGCAUUUGAGUCAUACUUCUAGCUACAACUGUAUAAUUGUUACUACAAACUUCUGUAUUAAUGGAAAAGUUUGAUGCAUAUCCUUCAUUGAUUCUAUAUUCAUGGCCGCCAGAGGGAAAUACACUAGACAGCAAUAGGGGGGCUUAAAUAUUAUAAAUACCUGGUCAUUCUGCCUUAUUACUGUGUUUUUAAUAAAUGUGCCUUUUCAAUGUAGACUUUUUUUUUUUUUAACUUGUUUUGCGCUUUCCCUUGUCUGUCAUCCCUAAAAACCUUUUUAAGGAUUAAGUCUGUUUUAUAUCUGUUGUAUAUGUACAGAGCUUUGUGGGGCAUAACUUUUGUGGUUACCUAUAAAGCCAUAUAAGAAAAUGUGGUUUGCCUUUUACUUGUUAAUGUCAUUUUGUUUUUAUUUUGUUACCAAAAAUGUGUAUUUGUAAAAUUCUGGAGACGUUCACCCCCAUUGUCCAAAUACACAAGAAUUACAACCACAAAUGUAAAAGGCGUUAUUGGCCAUCCCCCGCAUUAUGGAAAAUAUCCAUGCACUAAAAAUUGAGAAAAAAAUUCUGUCCUUUGAUUCUCCCCACAGAGGGAUCGCCCUUUUACCGAAUUUGUUUGCACAAACCAAAAUCUGACAAAGUUACUUAGUAACUAUAAAAUAAUUCAGUAAAGGAGGACUACUGGCCAUUAUAUCGUUUUGUAAUUAUUUCGUUUUUUUCAGCAAUGAUAUAAAUGGACAUAGGUGGCCGUGAGUAUGUUGUUUGUUGGGGGAAGCCGUGGUUCUUUCUAAAUUAUAUAAAUGUAUGUAAUUAUAUCUUGGUUCUGUUUCAUAAUUGGGAAUCUCUUUGAUCUUUCCGUCACCGUUUUUUUUUUUUUUUUUUUUGUAGAUAUAUAACUGUUUUUUAAUUUACAGCUUGUUUGUUUUGUAAGUUUAGGUUAGUUUGGAGAGCUAUUCCUUUGUUGGUAACCAAUUUUUAUUUAACCUUUUGUAAAGAGCUUGUCUGGGGAUGGUGGUCUAAAGCCACCGUAAAUAGGAAAAUGCCAGCUGAAUGUUAAAUACAAAAUAAGUGUAAUAUUCACAGAUAUAUAAGUAAAUGCCUCCAUACUUACAUUGUUUGAAAUUGUUGGAACCUAUAAUUGCUGCUUUUCAGUGAGCUGGGGAAGCAUUUCUGCUGUGCAUUCUGUGCAUCCUGCUAUGUUACCCACUAGGGUUCACUUAUAUGUUAAUGGAGAGGUAUGUAGAGCAAAGUUGCUACCCUCAUUUUCUAUUCUAUAUCAUGUUUUCCUAUAUAUUCCAUCAGAGCUUGGACAUUAUAUAGUAAUAUAUAUUUCUGAUGUUUUUAGCAUUGUCAGAAAGGGCCUUGUCAGUAUUUAGGGGCCGCAUCUCUUAUUUCCAGAAAAGAAGUGGUGACAAAAUGUCUAGAGAUUAGUUAUGGCUGCUGAACACUGACAUUUCAUUCUGUACCACAGUAGACUAAGUGGGAUCCAAUUAUCCCUGUUACAAAGAAAAAAACCAGGCUUGAGAUAACAAAAUUUGGCUACAUUGUACAGCCGUUCUUUUCCUUCAAGCGUUUACACUGUGGAAUUUGGCUACACUGUACAGUCGUUCUUUGCCUUCAAGCAUUUACACUGUGGGUUACAAAGGGAACAUGGCUGCUUUGUUGACCUUUCUGUGCUUUCAGCAGACAGCACUUAGUGGGGAAUACAACAUCAUCCUUUUCUGCAAGCACACCUGUUCUCCAGUAAUCGAGCUAAAUAGCAAAUAAAAUCUCUAGGCACCGUCAUGAGAGGGUAACACUGAUGCACUUGUUACUUUGUGCCCCCCCAAGCUUAUCUUGAAGUUUUACGGAAGCAUUGAUGGUAUUGCUUACAAUUACAAUUUAAAAGAACAAGUGAAGAAACUUCCAGUUUACUAGGCAAAGUGUUCAUUUAAGUGGGGCAUGAUGUUGCAGAAAUGGCAAUAACAAAUCCAUAGCCUUACACUCUGCCUUCAAACCCCGUAACGCCAAUGACAAUUGAGGCUAAAGCGAGAAUUAGUUUUUAUACUUCCGUUAUGAUGCUAUUAAAGGUUUUUGUAAUAGUUUUCUGCGUUUACCAAUCAAAUUGUUUCAUUUUUUCUGUUAAUGGGCUGUAAUUUGCAUGUCCUAUAACCUAUUUUUUUCUGAUUUACCAUUGAAACCCAGACAUUAUGCUCCAACAAACAGAAAUAAAUUGAAAAUUACACCAUU